AGUGAGGCUGCGGAGCCGCUCUGUGACCGUCAGACCAGGAGUUGCUCUGGAAGACGCUGCGCCGGACAGGUCUCGGAUGUUAUCCUUUCUUCGAAGCCACAGAAGACAACACCCCAUCUAGUCAGAUGCAACUGUGAUCCUGGCCCCACUUGGUUUACAUUAAUCUUCUAAAAAUCCUGACACCAACCCUGUGAGAUUUAGAGAGAGGGCAGCUUGUGUCAUCUUCUCAAGUCCUAGACCAACUGACCAGCCAGAAGGAGAGACCCCAUCCCUCGCCCACCCUCCCCUGCUGCUAGCUAGCUCUAGCAUGGCAGACAGUCGACAGCCAGAAGACGGUGCCCCCCAGUGGGACCCAUCAAGAGGACAGGAGCCUGCUGGCACUCACGGAGCCAAUGGCUACUCUUCCUCAGCGUACAGGACCUGCCAGGCUGGUGGCGCCCACUUGGCCACAUCCUCCUACUCAGCCAGAGAGAAUGGCUUCAAUGGGGAGCUCACUGGUGCCAACGCAAUAACUGCCGAACAAGUGUCAGCACGGAUUGUGCAAGAAGUGACGGCUGAAGCUGUGGCAGUACUGAAGGGAGAACAGGAGACUCAAAGGCUGCCAUCAGUUGAAGACACCACCAAUUUGCCUCCCUCUCCUCCCCCCUCACCUGCUGCAGAACCCUUUGGCCCUCUGGAGCAAGAUGUAGGGGAUGAGGAGGAGGCGGGCCCUCUCCGCCGCUUCCAAAAUUCUCGGGAGAGGUGCAAGUUCCUCGCCCCCUCCAUCUCAGUUUCCGUGCCCGAGGACGACCCCUACCACUCCGACGAGGAGUACUAUGAGCACCCAUUGUUCAGCCCAGAGUGGACGCACUCGGGCUCUCGCCCCACAGGGCAGGCUGUGGCCUUUAGACAGAUUGAAGAAGAGACCAUGGAGGCUCUUACAGCUGAAUACGAGGAGGAGGUUGAAGAGGAGGAGGAGGAGGAGGAGGAGAGUGCAGAGGCAGCAGAGUCCGAAGCAGCUCUUGAUGAGCAGCAAUGGAGUGGGGACGAGCCUGAGCUGGACAGCCCCCAAGCUGAGCCCUUAGAGCAGGCAGAGGCCAUAGACGAGGCUCUAGACCUGGAGCCGUCCGAAGCAAUUAGUGCUCCCACAGAAAGCUCUAUGGACAGAGAGGAGGAGGAAGCAGAGGGUGAGGAGAGCCCUGAGACAGCUUUGAAGAUGGACUCAGACAAGCAGGACAGUGGGUCCAUGAGCCCAGACAGCAUUGGAUCAGAGAAACGCCCGGAGGAGUUUUUUGAGCCCCAGGUCCAAGGAUUUUUUGCUGGGGAACGAGUUGUACCAGAGAGCCCCACAAUGGAUAUGCCGUCCUUCGUACCUCAAGACCAAGCCAAAGAAUCUGCCAAACCGCUCACACUUCAGCCUACAUAUGGUGAGCCAAUCACAGUGUCAGAGAAGCAGCCGUCAGUGGAGGUGGUGGAGUUCAGCAGUAUUGGUGCGCCUUCUGAUUUCGGUUCAAUGGAAACUAAAGUUCAAGGAGAAGACUCAACAAGAGAUGCAAGAGACAGGUCUGGAAUGUCAGCAUAUUUUGAAACUUCAGCCACAGAGGCUGACAAGGUUUCACAAUGUAAGGGUGAGGGUUAUUACGAACUGAGCAGAGCUGGCGAAGAGAAGAGUGCAAUUGAUUCCAGGUCUCAGGAGAUAAGUUACAGCACACUAGCUGGAGCCCAGGAUCAAUCUGAAAGUAAAACAAGUACGGCAGAAGACACUGGAGUGUUUGCAGUUCCUGACAGGAAUAAUGAAUGCAGGCUUUCCCCAGGUAAACUGGCCUUGGAGCAGAGGAGUUACUCACUUAACAUCACCAUUGGAGCAAUGGAUCACAGUGGCCAAGGCAAACCCAGGCACUUCUCCCCACUGGCCACAGAUAUAAUGUCAUACACUAGUGGAAGUCUGGAUGAGUCGGCAGACUACCUCCCAGUUACUACACCCUCUGUGGAGAAGCCUCCAUCCUUCCCUCCCCUGAUCCUGGAGACUGCAGCCUCCAUCACUUCAGAUUCCUCAUCUCCUCCCAGGACCAGUGAACUAGAUUCAAAACCCAGCCAUGAACCAGAGUUGCCUGAAUCACCUCAGCUCCCCAAGAAUAAUGAUAAUAAUGGCACAGUGAUGACACAAGACUUGCCUGAGAUGCUGGACCUUGCCGGUACCCGUUCAAGACUUGCAUCAGAGAACACUGACCCAGAAAUAAUCAGGAGAAAGUCAAUUCAAGUGGAUGUCCCUGCCUUCACUGAUGACCCACUGGCUAGCCUUAUUUCAGGGGAACAAAGUCCUGGGGCCAGAAAAAGUGACAGCCAGCUUGAGGAGAUGGGUUAUUGUGUAUUCAGUGAAUAUUCAGGGCCCAUGCCAUCCCCUGCAGAUGUCUUUAGCCCUACAAACGCUUCUGCACAAGUCUUUACCCCCUCCGUUCUGGAGGAGAAGAUGGCUGAGCAGGCAAGGAAGCUUGCAGUCAGAGACACGUCUUUGGAGGAAAAGACUCAGCAAAUAGCAGCUGCUGAGGUCACUGAAGAGAAAGAUCAGAAGCAGGUAGAAAGAGAGGUUUCCACCGAAGAAAAAGACAAGGAGAUUGCAGAUGGUCAGUUGACUAAAUCUGUAAUUGAGCAGGAGAAACUGCCAAGUGAGUCUUUUGUGACCCCAACGGUCACAGUGACUCUAGAAGAAGGUGGGAGGUCAGUGAGUGAGACUGAACGACAGGCCAGUGGAGAAGGCUCAGCAUCAGAAACCGAGAUUGCUGACUAUGAGAGGCAGAUCCGCAAAUUGGAGAUGGAGGACAGACCUCUCAGCGUGGAGGAGGAAAGGGAACUACAGGAGCUCCGGGAGAAAGUGAAGCUGGUCCACCAGGAGGCCUAUGAGGAAGUGGAUGCUGAAGAUGUGUACCAGUUGACCGGCGUGGCCAAGGACCGAAUUGCCAGACCUGUCAAAACUUCACCUGCGUCAUCUGUAGAGAGCAAUAUUGAUGAUGACAAGCUGCUCUCCCCUGUGCUCUCACCCUCUAAGCUCAAACAACGAGAGGUUUAUGGCUCCCCUAAAAGAUCUGCGUCGCCAGUAACCAAAGAGGAGAAGGGAAAUGAGGAAUUAGAGAGAAAAGUAAAAGAAGAGCAUGAUAGGGAAGAAGCUGAAAAGAAAAUGAAAGAAGAGGCAGAAAAGAGAGCGAAAGAGGAGAGGGAAAAGAGAGAGAAAGAAGAAAGGGAGAAAGAAGAGGCAGAGCUGAUAUUGAGGGAAGAAAAAGAAAGGAAGGAGAAAGAACAAAAAGAGCUGGAGAAAUUACAAGAAGAAAAAGAAAGAAUAGAGAAAGAAUUGAGGGAAAAGGAAGAGAAAGAAAAAAUAGAGAGGGAACUAAAAGAGAAGGAGGAGAAAGAGAAGAUGGAACUGAAAGUAAAGGAAGAGAGGGAGAAAGCAGAAGAGAUGGACAAAAAGGUUGUGGACAAACCCGUGGAGAAAGAAACACAACCAGAUGAAAAAGCACAUGUGGAGGAAGAGGGAGGAGAGGAAGACAUGUUGGAGAAACCAGGGGCAGCAGCUGAAGUAGCAGUCACGAAGGAGAUCACUGAGACUUGUGCUGCCAUUGAAUCAGUGGUGACAGUUGAAGACGACUUCAUCACUGUGGUCCAGACCAUUGAUGAAGCAGAAGAGCCGGGACACAGCGUUCGUUUCUCGGCUCCACCUGAGGCCGAAGCCCUUUGUGUCGCUGCCCAGAAAGAACAAGAGGAGGAGGAGGAGGAGGAGGAGGAAGAGGAGGAAUCUGUGGAGUUGGCCCAGGAAGCCGAUAUGGAGGCUGCCAGUUUAGAGGAGGUGGCUGACGUUCCAGAGACCCCUGCCUCCCUCGAGAAGGAAGCAGAAACCAUAGAGACAGAAGGAAAGACAGAAAGCUAUGACAGAGAUGAGACCACAAUGGACGACUCCAUCCUGGACAGCUCCUGGGUUGACGCUCAAGAUGAUGAUAUGAGUAUGGCAACAGAGCAGAUCGAGUCUUUGCCCAAGGUGCACAGCCCAGUUGAAAAGCCCGGUAUGGUCCCAAGCAAACACUCACAACAGAAGAAGCAAGAGAAACAGGAGAAGCCAUUCAAACCAAAGGCCAAAGGAGGGCGCCAUAGAGGUCGAAUCUCCACACCAGAACGCAAACCUGUCCGCAAGGAACCUGUCUACAUCCCCAGAGAGGACGUCAAGAAGAAAAAAGCUGUGAUAAGGAAGGCUGAGCUGACCAAAAAAAUUGAGACUUACAUCCAAUCUCCUUCCAAGAGGACUGUGAUAAAAGCAGCAGUCCGCGAGACCCGCCCCACCCACCACUCCUGCCCCAGAAGGAGACACACAGAGGCCCUGCCAGACAGUCGUCAGCCUCUCAGUGUUGCAAGACAGUCUCGUGACAGAGCACCAGAUGGUGGAUCACGGAGCCCAGACAAGAAGUCUCUGCCCCGGCACACCUCCAUUCUGAGUCGCCGUGGGUACCACGACCAAGAGGAGAGUUCCACCUCCAUCACCAGCUCCGGCUCAACAGCUCCCCGCAGACCCACAUCGUUCCGCACUGAGAUGAGGGCAGAGCACAGGACAGGGCGAGCCCCAAGUAUGACAGUCACAGAAUCAAUACGCUCGCGUUCAGCUCGCAGUGGUCACUCUACCCCACGCACUCCUGGGUCCACAGCCAUCACCCCAGGGACCCCUCCCAGCUACUCGUCGUCAUCGAGGACCCCUGGAACCCCUCGUUCCCUCAGCUUGAUUUCCCAGGAGAGGAAGGUGGCAGUAGUCCGCACCCCACCCAAGUCACCCGCAACCACACCCAAGCAGCUUCGCAUCAUCAACCAGCCACUGCCUGACUUCAAGAACAUCAAGUCCAAGAUCGGCUCCACAGAGAAUAUCAAGUACCAGCCCAAAGGAGGACAGGUUCUCAUCCCCAGUGUUAAGCUGGACUAUAGCCAUGUUCAGUCUAGGUGUGGGUCCUUGGACAGGCGGGGCUACUCAGCAGGAGGUGGAAAUGUGCAGAUACAGUAUAAGAAGAUUGACUUGAGCCAUGUGACCUCCAAGUGUGGCUCUCUUGACAACAUCCAUCAUCGACCUGGGGGCGGUAACGUGCGUAUAGAGACUGUGAAGUUGGACUUUAAAGACAAGGCCCAAGCCAAGGUGGGUUCCCUGGAUAAUGCUCACCACAUGCCUGGUGGAGGCAGCAUCACGCCAGCGAGGGUGAAAAUAAAGAUUGAGAGCCACAGGCUGGCGUUCCGCGACCAGGCCAAGGCCCGGGUCGACCACGGAGCCGAGAUCAUUACCCAGUCACCGGGCCGGUCCGGCUCGGUGUCCCCCCAGCGCCACCGGGACAGCCAGCUGUCCUCCUCUGGCAGCCUCAACAUGACGGAGUCGCCACAAUUAGCGACCCUCGCUGAGGACGUCACCGCAGCUCUGGCGAAGCAGGGUUUGUGAACACUGGACCCCGGACGUCCUCGCCAUGAUCCACUGAAACUUUUUCUGCCCACUCCUGCCACCCUGAGGCCAACCUCAGCUAAACCAUGAACAUCUCCGCCUCCAAUAUCCAUGUCUCAACUCUGAGUAGAAACACAAAUUAGGAGCUACUGUACUUUGGUCCUCUUUAUUUUUCAUCUCUUUAAAGAGAUGUGUGUUAUUUCUGAUUAAUUUUGUUGGCCUCCCACUCUUUGGAUGAUGUUGCAUAGAAUAGUUCAGAUUGAGCGCUGGUCCUAGAUUAGAUUGAGGAUCAGAUAUUGACUUUAACUGUCCUGGAUCAGUAUUUUUGAAGAAGCUACAGCCUUGCCAGCACACCAUGCAGCACGUGUUGUUCCUGCUCAGUAACUGUGCAUGGACUCCAAAACCCCCUAACAAACCAAGCAUCCUUACUGCGAGUCACUCUUGUCAUCCAAUAUAUAAUAUAUUCAACAAAUAUAUAUAGAAACAUGUAUAAAAAAUACAAGUCUUUGCCAUCUAAAUGUCCAUGAAACAUUUUAAAAGGAAGCGACACUAUGGCUAUAAAAUAUACCUGUAAAAUUGCAUAAUUGCAAGAACUAGGUCUAUGUUAUGACAAGCAUGUAUUGAUUCAAAUAUUAAAAGAGGCUAUUUUGUAAUUUAAAAGAAGGAAUUUUAGUAAGUUAUUUCCUCAGUUAUUGGAUAAAACUGAAACAAGUUCAUGUUUUGUAGUUAUUAGUUGUUUACAGUGUAACGCUUGGUGACAGUGUCAGACAGCUGAUGUGGUGUUGCUAAGGAACGAGUCUCAGUCCUGUUGAAGAGCAUCAUACACUCGUACCUGCUCAGUAGUACAUUAUAGGAUCGUGUUUACACGUCGGAAUGAUUUUACACACCAGAGUUUGUCUAUAUGCCACCAUCCGGAAAAGGAAAUGGCAAAAGUGUGUUGUCUUUACGGAUGCAGGUAAUAAGCGUGUGUGUGUGUGCGUGCGUGUAUGUGAGCGUGUGUGUGUGCGCGCGUUCGAGCAUUCGGUGCAGAUCCCACGUUGUUUUACCACGGAUGCUACCGUAUGUGGAUGUUGAGUGGCAAUAUGUUGGAGAAGAAAUUGGAUUUCUUUUCUUUUCUGCUUUUUUUUUGAAAAAUCAAUAAUUAAAACAACAUUGGAUGAGGUAAAAUAAAUAAAAUGACAGAGGAAACUUCAGUUACAUCUGUUUUAAAAAAAAUUGUUUGGGUUAUGUAGUUUCUCUUUCAGACACCAUCUGUGGUAUAUCCUGCCUCCUGCCUAAUUACUGCCCUCACCCGCGACUUGUUUGUUUGCUUCUGUGUUUCUUCUGCAUCCCCCCAUCUCCGUGUGGCCCCUCCCCACCUCCUGCUCCACCAUACAGCAACUGUAAAUGUAUUUAAAAGGUCAAGUAGAUGUACGCAGUUUUUCUCUUGUUGAUAUGACACCAAUUACAAUAAUUAAUGACAAUAAAAAGGACAAAAACUGACGCUGGAGCUCUGUUUUCUUUUUCAGAUGAUUGAGUAUGAGUUUGUUUUUUUAUUAAAAGAUUGACUCACUCUAAAGGUCAUAGAGCCAAAAGCCUGUUAGCUUAGCUUAGCAUAAAUUGUGUAAACAGCUGGUUUCACUAUGUCCAAUGUUUACAAAAUCCCUCUACCAGCAUCUUUUGUUGUAACCUGUAUAAAAUUCUACAGUAUAAAAAUGAUACAUUUUGCAGGAAGGGAAUUGACUACAAGUUGUAUCUUCAUAUUUAAUUUCUAGACAUGAGAGUAGAAUCAAUCUUCUAAUUUAAUUCUGCAUGAAAACUAAAAUAACCUUGUUUUCUAAAACAUCUUAUCUAAGUGUUUAUGCUCAAAUUAAUCUUGUGAAGAAAUCAGUCAGAAAUUUCUGAGUGAAAUGGGAGUUUGUGAAAAUUUAUUGUGAAAUGGCAGAGGAAACAAUAAGUUAAGACUUAGGGAUGGGUCGGAUGAGGAGUGGAUUCAUUUUCGAUGGUGGCCAGUCCUGGGCCAAAUCAGUCACUUCACUGGCAGAUCGAGCGCCAGCCGGACAAUAAAAACCAGUGACGAUUCCCCCCAAAAAAAAAAAAAAAAAUCCCCAG